AAACUCAGUGAGUAUUUUGUCUGUCUACCACACUGCAAGGCUGAUGAAAUGAACUGGACAUUCUACCAAGAUUGCUUACUGUUUGCUGCUGAAGCUGCUGGCCCUGAACCACCAGUUUCUGCAGAUCCACAAAAUCCUACAAUAGAGAAAACUGCAUCUAUAGCUUGUCACCCUGAUGUGGUGAGACUGUGCAAGUCAGAGGAGGCAAUAGUGAAACAGAGAAUUGUGUUGACCAUUCCAGACUCAUUCUUCUUGAAAGUCAAAGAAGAGACAACAGCAGGAAAGAUAUGA